ACAAUGAAGCAGGAGGUAGCGGUCGGCAUUGUGGGUGGAUUUGUGGAUGAUGAUCGGGAUGUUUACAUGAUCGAGCGGAAAGACACGAUCAUUGACAUUAUCCGGAUGCAGCAGAAGGCCGAUCUGUGGCAGACGCUUUCGGUGGAUCUGGUCGACUGUGGGCCGGGCAGCCGCGAAGGCGACAAUUACAUGUCGAUCAUCAAGCGGGUGGUGGCCCACUGCAAAGCGAAAUCAUCGGAUGGCCGCAAUCACGUGUUUACGAUUUCGUUGAUUUUCAAACGUCAAAUCACAAACCCCAACCGGCGGUUGCUGUUCCGGUGCGAUGCCGCGUUCGAGAACGAAAUCACCGCCUACGCAAGCAUCAUUCCCGUCCUGCAGCGGAUAUCCCCGUACGAUCUACCGUACCCGAAGUGUGUGACGGCCGGCAGCGACGAUCACGGCGAUCGGAUUGUGCUGGAGGACCUUACCACGAGCGGAUACGCGAUGGAAGACCGACGAAUCGGUCUCAGCUUCGAACACUGUAUGGCCGUCAUGAAGGAACUGGCCAAACUGCACGCCGUCUCGCUGGCAUUGAAACACAUGCAACCCCGCGAGUUUGCCGACCUUUGUGCGAAGGUGCGCGAAAUCGUGUACUGUCCGGAGGCGGCCGAUUUUUACACACAUUCCCUCGAGUCGUCGCUGCGCGGUGCGCUGGACAGUUUGCGGUACAGCAACAAGGGCGAUCUGGACGAGCCGAUACGUGCGGUGGAAGGUUUAACCGGUCGGCUCUAUCGCAUCAUGUCCGGGCUCGUGUGCAAUGGCGUGGACGAAGCGUGGCGUGUCAUCAGCCAUGGUGACACCUGGGUCAACAAUCUGAUGUUCAGUGCCGAUCGGCAGCACGUCAAGCUGAUCGAUCUGCAAACGAUGCGCUGCACCACACCGGUCCUAGACAUUCUGCAUCUGCUGUACACGAGUACGGAGCGCAAGAUGCGCGAACAACACGUUACCGAUCUGCUGCUACAGUAUCGCCGGACGCUGUUGGAAGCGUUGAAGGAACACUUUUGUUCGUACGACGAUCCAGCAACGGCUGCAUCCACAUUGCGCCAUUUUGCCGAAGUAUUUUCGUACCAGCGGCUACGGGCCGAGUACGACCGAUGCCUUCCGUACGGGUUGGGCAUUGCGAUGUGGUUGCUGCCGGCCGUUACGUUUAACCCGGACCAAAUACCCGACCUGGAUGCAGUUACCAUCAACGAUUUUAAAACGAAAAAACACGACAAACGGAUCGCACAGAUGGUCUCGGUCAACUAUCACACGCGAAUGCGCGACAUUGCCCUGGAAAUGUACGAUCAGGGCGUGCUGCAGCGGCUCAACACAGAGAUCAUCUAGGGAGACACGAACGUA